AACAUUUGUGCAGAAUAAUAUGAAUUCAUUUUAUUUCAUGGUUUCUCAUCAGCUGCUUACAACCACAUGUGUGAUGAAAAUUAGCAUUGAGGUAACAUGUAACAGCCCCGAAACAGGUAGGGUCCACUUUCUCUCUCGAAGUGCUCCCACGUGACCACGCAUAUACAGACACUACAAGUGAAGUUCUACUCAUUGAUUUCUCACAACGUGGGUGUUGUUUACGAAAUAGAGAGGAUAAGAACGAAUGUAUGGCGCUUUAACCGGGUAAGUGAGUACGGAAGAUCCAUCUAAGGGAGUUGAAACAUCUUGACUCCAAACCAACCGUGCACAUGAACUCCACGAUCCUGAGGGAACAAAUGGUGCAUGAGACCAUUGUUGGUCACAGGUCACCAUGGGACUCCAUCUCCCAACGUCCCUCCACUGCCUUGUGGAUUAAACUCUUAGGUCAUAGGCCCAGCGUGUUGCUCCCUAAAGAAGUCAUGUGCUUCGAUUCGGACACCUUGGCAGUAUCCCAUCCCACACACAAAUCAAUGAUAAUUACUUGUGGUAAGAUAUCGUUUCUCACACUGAAAUGACCGGCUUCAAAGUAGCGUGUCUUAUUCCUACUAAUUUACAUGGUUGUUUGUAAGAACCUGUAAAUAUGGAGUUAAUGCAUCUAGAACUUUUCAUGAAAGGACCGUUUGUAGCCGUUCUCAAGCAGUUAUCCAUUAGGCGCUGUUCGUUUCAUUCGUUGACUGGAUAACUUUUCGAACUUUAAUGUCGUUAGUACCUUUCCUGUUGGUUAUGAUUGAAAAUCGAGGACUUUGGGGACUCUAAACUAGAGUUAAUUUCGUGUAACCUCUCAUUCACUCUUGCUUAAAGUCAGUUUUGUUAAUUUGGUUUCACAAAGUAAGCUUUUAAUUGUCGUUUUAUAUUAAAGCUUCGGUUAGCACAUUCGAUGUGUGCUUUAAGCCUAUUUUCCUUUAUAAAUAUUCAGACCUUUUGUACUAGUUCUGCUUUGUUUCGUUUCGUUUCUAUAGGUGUUUGCGUUCUUUCAUAAUCAAGUCAAUACAUGCUAUCGUACAAGCGCGUAAUGGGAUUGUUUGUAACACCAAUUGUGUAUCUGAAGUUGGCGCCAGAAACAAUAUGAUGGUGUAUGUUGAAGAAGAUCCAGAAAUCGGUGCAACUAUCAAACAAACAUUAGAUGCGAAUUUCCCUGUACAUGUACAAGAUUUGCUUAGUUUAGAAAUAUUGGCUCAUUGGCCUAAACAACCACAAAUGUUAAUGGUUGUAGAAGUAUGGCAGUUUCGGUUAGAUAUUAUAGAACGACUUAAUACUACUACAUUACAGUUUACAAAUAAUCCUAAUUCAACCACUGGUAAUACUACUACUACCAAUAAUAAUAAUAGUAAUUUACCAGGAGCCGGAAAUUAUACAGAUGGUUCGCAAUCAACUGAAUAUGCUGUGGAUGAUUUUAGGCAUCUACGUCUAUUCGAGAAACUUGGGACAUUAUUGAAAUCAAUAAUGGUAGUUACCCGCCUGUUACCUGGUUAUCAACUUUCUCGUCGUCAAGAUCCAAAUGAAUAUCAAAUGUGUUAUACACUGCGUCGUGGUCCUAGCGAUCUUUCUCGACUUGGUUCAACCCCGAAAUCUUAUCAAGUCGGUCGUAUAUUUUCUGGAUUAGCAAUACCACAAUCACCUAAAGAAGAACAAAUGUUCUCUACUGCUCCCUCAUCAUCUUCUAGUUCAACACCGAUCGAUCAAAAAUUAACAAAACUUGAAUCAGAUCCCGGUCUAAUUAUUGCUGAUGGUUUAUUACCAGUUUAUUUAGGUACAACUGUUCAUUAUCGUACAGAAAUUCAUUUUAGUUCAAAUAAUAAAUUAAUACCUAUGAUUGAUGGUCUUACUAAAGGAAAUUUGUCUCCUAAAAACGGAAUGCAUGAGAUAUUCGAUACAAAUGGUCAUCAUAGUGUAAACUUCCAUGCGCUACGUAAUCAUAAAAAAUCACAGAAACAUGUUCGUGUCUCAGAGACACCUUUUGUUAAACCUCUUACUAGCACACCGACUGUUGAUAUGAUUCGAUUUGAACAGUCUAAAUUGCCAUGUAGGGUAAAGCCAGCUUUUGCAGUUGAACAAUACGAAUCGGAAUCGGAUGAAUUAUUUGAUCCAGCCAGUCAAUUAUUGAGUAAAAAAUCAGCUGAACGAGUUGCUCGAAGAUUCAAACAUACAGGAAUACUGGAAACACAAGAAGAACAGGCUGAUUCAUCACGCGAUGAUGAUGAUGACGAUGAGGAGGAGGCGGAUGAUCAUUGUGAUGUUGAUGGCGGUAGAGAGUCAGAUUCAGUUGAUUCUAAUGUUGAUAAUGAAUCUUCUCAUACAAUUGACAGAGAAGUACUUCAUGUUAACCAAGACAUAGGAAUCAGUGAACAACAUAAUACUCCUAUAAUUGACGAUAUUGACAUACAAGAAUUAAUAAAAAAUCUUAGAUCUCAAUAUACUAGUGCACCAAUUGAUAAAGAAUCAGUUAGUGAUGAUGAGGAUGAUGAUUUAAUUAGUAAACAAGUACCACUUCAAUUACCGUUUAGUACAUUCGGUGUUAGUGGUGCACGAUUGACACAUUUAUUUUCUGAACUUCGUGAAAGAGCUAACCUGGACCUAUUCCAAGUACCACAUAUCCAUCAUACUACUACUAAUACAGUUGUCAGUAACAAUAAUUCAACUACGAUUUCUCCUAAUGCUGUGAAUAUUAAUAACAACACAGCUCAGUCAUCUUUAUUCGAUGCUGACGCUUUAGUUGAUGAAUUAGAACGACAUGAAAGAAUGUUAAAAGAAUUUGAUGAUUUUCUGUCAGAUUUUCAAAGUAUUGAACCAUUCGGUAUUGUUCGUCCAACUGUUACAGUACCAUCUGAUCUGGUUAGACAACAACAUCAAAAUGUUAUUGUUGUCGGCACUGUCAUCGAUGAUAAUAAUGAUAAUACCGCUCCAAUUACAAGCAUAACUACUGCUACUACUACUACUAAUAAUAAUACUACUACUGUCUCUGCUGCUACAACUCUACUGACUACACGAACUCCUUAUUCUGUCAAUGAAAUGUAAUUAAAAACAUUUUCUAUUUAGAACAAAUUAUCAAAGGAAAUAUUGCUAAAUAAUCAUACCAUUUGUUUUCUGGCACAAUAUCAGAAUCCAAUAUUUGUCUUUUUCUUUAGAAUUAAUCAUACUGUUUUGUAAAUUUUAAUUUCGACCGUAUACAUUGUGUGUGUGUGUGUUUGUUGCAUUUCUUACCAUUGUUUUUUUCUCUCUCUCCCUCUCCCUCUCUCAAUUGCGCCCUUUUUAACUUCAUUGCUUUUCUGAUUAUUAUCAUGUAAUUUAUUUAAUUGGUAAUUAUAUUAUCAUGUUUUGUUUUCU